AUGGACGCUCGCCGCGUGCGGAAAAAGGAUCUCAGAGUAAAGAAGAACUUCAAGAAAUUCAGAUAUAUGAAGUUGAUUUCCAUGGAAACCCCGUCAUCCUCUGAUGACAGUUGUGACAGCUUUGCUUCUGAUAAUUUUGCAAACACGAAACCUAAAUUCAGGUCAGAUAUCAGUGAAGAACUGGCAAGUGUUUUUUUUGAGGACUCUGAUAAUGAAUCUUUCUGCGGCUUUUCAGAAAGUGAGGUGCAAGAUGUGUUAAACCAUUGUGGAUUUUUACAGAAACCAAGGCCAGAUGUCACUAACGAACUGGCCAGUAUUUUUCAUGCCGACUCUGAUGAUGAAUCCUUUUGCGGUUUCUCAGACAGUGAGAUACAGAAUGGAAUGAGACAGUCAAACCAUGAAGGCUGCAGGACCCGCAGCCAGUGCAGACGCUCUGGACCUCUCAGGGUGGCGAUGAAGUUUCCAGCACGAAAUACCAGGGGAGCAGCCAACCAAAAAGCAGCACCCCUCCAACCCUCAGAAAAUUCUGUGACUGAUUCCAGCUCUGAUUCAGAAGAUGAAAGCGGCAUGAAUUUCCUGGAGAAAAGGGCUUUAAAUAUAAAGCAAAACAAAGCAAUGCUUGCAAAACUCAUGUCAGAAUUAGAAAGCUUCCCUGGCUCAUUCCCUGGAAGACGUUCCCUCCCAGGCUGCAGCUCACAAUCAAAGACACCUCGAAGACGUACAUUCCCACGUGUUGCUUCCCAAAGAAACCCUGAGCGGAGAGCUCGACCUCUGACCAGGUCAAGGUCCCGGAUCCUUGGGUCCCUUGGUGCUCUACCCAUGGAAGAAGAGGAGGAGGAGGAGGAAGAAGAUAAGUACAUGCUGGUGAGAAAGAGGAAGGCUGUGGACGGCUACAUGAAUGCAGAUGAUAUGCCCAGAAGUCGCCGCCCUGGAUCCAUAACCCUUCCACAUGUAAUUCGCCCAGUGGAAGAAAUUACAGAGGAAGAGUUGGAGAACGUCUGCAGCAACUCUCGAGAGAAGAUCUAUAACCGUUCUCUGGGAUCUACCUGUCAUCAGUGCCGCCAGAAAACUAUUGAUACAAAAACAAACUGCAGAAACCCAGACUGCUGGGGCGUUCGAGGCCAGUUCUGCGGUCCCUGCCUUCGAAACCGUUAUGGUGAAGAGGUCAAGGACGCCCUGCUGGACCCGAACUGGCAUUGCCCACCUUGUCGAGGAAUCUGCAACUGCAGUUUCUGCCGGCAGCGAGAUGGACGGUGUGCCACUGGGGUCCUUGUGUAUUUAGCCAAAUAUCAUGGCUUUGGGAAUGUGCAUGCUUACUUGAAAAGUCUGAAACAGGAAUUUGAAAUGCAAGCAUAA